CUCGGCCGCCGGCCGCUGAUGCUGGGCGGCCUGUGCCUGCAGGGCUUCGGGCUGGUCGGCGCGGGCGCCUCCGGGUGCCUCCCGGCCCUGCUCGUGGCCAGGCUGGGCUCCGGGCUGGGCGUUUCGGCGCUGGCCAGCGGCUGCUCCACACCGGGUGUUGCCAGAGACCUCAGCACGCCGCUGAACCGCGCCCGCGUCGGCGCGACCGCAGGCGCCGCGUUCAGCGUGGGGAAGGUGAUCGGGCCCGCCGCCGGGGGGGCCCUCAUCACGCACCUCGGCCUUGCGCCGGCGGUCCUGUCGGCCGGCGGGGUCUUCUUCGCGGCCAUGCUGUACACGCGCGCGGGCGUGGCCGAGGAUU